AUGGCCUCCCAGCCCCCGGGCGCCCCCAGCUCCGCAAAAGCCCUGGACCAGGACGGGAAGACAGCGCUCCGGAGAAGUAACGUGCAGCUGUCCUCGCUCCACAUCCGCGACAGUGCGCAUCGGCCCCGCAAGCUGCCCUGGGUAGCCCUGGUCAGGGCCUGCGGCCGCUUCAAGCUCUUGCUCUUGGAGGCGCGGCGGGGCCGGCUGCUGUCCUCGCUUAACCCCCUGGCCGUGGGCAAUGACUUGCCACCGCCGAAGAAGCACUGGAUGCCUGAGAAGGCAGCGUUCUGGGGCGACCAGGAACCCCUUUCCCAGAUCCCAUUUAAAAUUAUGAGGGGACACCAGCACAUUGUGAGUUCCUGUCACUUCUGUGUGGAUGACACAAAGGUCCUCAGUGGCUCCUAUGACUGCACCGUGAAGCUGUGGGAUGCCGUGGAUGGAUCUGUUGUUCGGAAUUUUGAGCCGGGGCCCGGAGCUCCUGUUUUAGAAUGCAGCGUCACGGCUGACAGCAGAAGAAUUAUUGCAGCAUCUUACGACAAAACAGUGAGGGCUUGGGACCUUGAAACAGGCAAGCUGCUGUGGAAGCUCAGUCAUGAAACCUUCAUAGUCUCCUGUAAGUUUUCCCCCGAUGGUAAAUACGUGAUCUCAGGCUUGGAUGUGGACCAUGGAAUCUGUAUAACAGACGCGGAAGACACCACCACCGUGUCCCACAUCAAAGAUCAUCACAGGAUGUCGGUCACAGCAUGCUGCUUUGACCCAGACAGCCAGAAGGUGGCUUCCGUCUCACUGGACAGGAGCAUCAAGAUCUGGGAUGUGACAUCCCAGGCCACGCUGCUCACCAUCACCAAAGCACACACCAAUGCAAUCUCAAACUGCUGUUUUACCUUCAGUGGCCAUUUCCUGUGUACAAGCUCUUGGGAUAAAACCUUAAAAAUAUGGAACGUCCAUACAGGGGAGUUUCGAAACCGUGGAGCCUGUGUGACUCUGAUGCAGGGUCAUGAAGGUUCUGUGAGCUCCUGCCACUUUGCCAGAGACACCUCUUUGCUUGUGUCUGGAGGGUUCGACAAGACUGUGGCUAUUUGGGAUGUAGGAGAAGGCUACCGGAAGCUCUCCUUGAAGGGCCAUAAUGACUGGGUGAUGGAUGUUGCCAUCAGCAACAACAAGAAAUGGAUCCUGUCUGCUUCGAAGGAUAAGACCAUGAGACUAUGGAAUAUUGAAGAAAUUGACCAAAUUCCUUUGGUAAUCGAGUAUAAAAAGGCCCGGGGCUUAAAGCUGAAACAGUGUGAAGAAUGCGACAGGCCUUUCUCCAUCUACGAAAGUGACAUCUUUUCUGAAACAGUCACCAAAUGUGUGUUCUGCCGGUUCGAUGCAAAAGACUUGUCAACAGAGGCCUCACCAUCAUCAGAGGGGGAGGUCUCACUGUCAAGGGAGUGCAGCCUGGGUGAGGAUGGCUGA